AGUAACUUCGAGUAGGAGACCGGAAGAACAUGACUUCGCCUCGAAAAUCGCCGGCGAGCCCGCUGGCUCCGAACACUCUAACCCCUGGUCGGGGGGAUGCGCUGCCGCCGGUGAAAGGCACCCUGGGUGAAGAACCGACUCCGGAGUCUUCAUUAGCACUCGUGGUCAACAGUCUGGACGUCCGAAAGGAGGCCGAGACAGUGGCCAGCGACGGAGGCAUCAGGACGAGGGAGCGGGGAUUCGCGCCGACGUCGCUGGAGAGAACAAGGCGGCUGGAAGAGACAGCGCCGCCGCGGAAGAAGGCACUUUGGCUGCGGAUGGCGGCGCUCCUGCUGUGCAUGAUCUCCUUCUCGGUGAUGGUCACCGACAAGACGGACGGGUGGGCGGGCGACUCGUUCCACCGCUACAAAGAAUUCCGCGGGUGGCUCCGCAGGUACUUGGUCGCGGUCAACGUGAUCGGGUUCGUAUACUCGGCGUUUCAAGUCUACGAGAGCAUCCACCGCAGGCUCACCUUGAAGUAUAUUAUUGGCCGUCCGAUGGGCUAUUGUUUCGACCUCUCGAUGGAUCAGAUGCUAGCAUAUCUUUUGAUGUCUGCUUCGUCCGUUGCAGCCUCUCGAAAUGAUGUGUGGAUAUCAAGAUUUGGGAGUGAUGACUUCACUCACAAAGCCAAUGCUUCCAUCUCUAUAUCUUUCAUUGCAUUCUUUGUACUUGCUAUUUGUGCAAUCAUUUCAACUUAUAAUCUCUUUAGAUGGAGUUUUUGACGCAUAACAAAAUGAAGCAAUUGCUCUUCAAUGAUGUAAAUUUGGCACAGAGUGAAUUGUAUCAAGCAAUUUUAUUCAAAUAUAUAGUUAAC